AUGGCCAAGUUCCUGUACAGACUAGACAAUACAGCAUCGCAGCUUGACAAGCAUGUCAUGAGACGCGAGCGGGAACAAGAAGCGGGCGAACGGCAUCGCCUGAUCGACCGGUUUCGUCGGCUUCUCACGCUCAACUCGUUCAUCCCUGUCUCGCUCCGGCAGCGAAUCUUCUUCAUCGCAAUCGGCCCUUCUGCUCUGGUAGCUAAAGCGCUCUCCCUCCUUCCGACCAACAACAACAUCGUCAUCUCCCCUCUUCCAGCACAUCCUCCAUAUCAUCGUAAGACGCAAUGA